AUGGGAAACAAUGGAUAUACAGCCUUGGUGUUCGGAGCCUCGGGGAUCUCAGGCUGGGCUAUCAUGCGCCAGUGCCUAGGCCAUACUUCCUCCGAUUCGUCCAACACCUUCUCUCGGGUCAUCGGUCUGACGAACCGACCAUUGAGUAAGGAAGCCUCUCUGCUGAACGCGGAAGAUGAAAGAUGGGAGCUACACAGUGGCAUAGACCUUGAGGAAGACGUGGAUGCUGUAGCCGAGAAACUCAAAGUGAUUCAGGACGUCGAUCAAGUCACCCAUGUGUACUUCACUUCGUACACCGCCCACGGCAGCGACUACCAAACCCUCAAACGUGCCAACGUUGCCAUCCUUUCCAACGCCCUUCGAGCGGUGGAAAAGACAUGCCCUAGCCUUGUAUUUUGGACCCUCCAGACCGGCGGAAAGGCAUACGGUGUAGAGUUCUUGGACAAGGGCAUCAAGUACGAACCCCCUCUGGAAGAGUCUGCGCCCCGCAUCCCUGAACCGUGGGCCUCCAAUGUCUUCUACUACGCUCAAUAUGAUACCAUCAAGCAAUUGAGUGAGGACAAGAAGUGGACAUUCUGUGAGAUCAGACCGGAUGCUAUUAUCGGGUUCGUGCCGCAGAACAAUGCUAUGAACCUAGCGCACGCGAUUGGGCUUUGGUUAGCUAUGGUCAGAAGUCUUGAAGGGACGGGAACGGAGGUGGUCUUUCCAGGGGACGAGAAGGCAUUCAAGGCGCUGCAUACGGAUACAUCGCAGGACGUACUUGCGCAAUUCCACAUCUACGCCUCCCUUCAUCCUGAGGCCGUUUCGAGGAAGGCAUUCAACAUCGCGGACGGGGAAGUUGUGACAUGGGAACAAGUCUGGCCUAGUAUUUGCCACUGGUUUGGCCUGAAAGGCGUUGGACCGGAUCCUUCAAAGAAGACUGGGGCGGAGUGGGUGCAAGACCGAAAGGGACAAUGGGGGAAGUGGGUCAAGGAGAACGGGCUAAAAGUGGGAGCGCUGGAAGCUACGAGUUGGGAUUUCAUGUCGGCGAUCAUGGGUGCGAUCACGUUCGAUCGGCAGUAUGAUUUGAGUGCUUGUCGGGCAGUGGGCUUUCAGGAGAAGAUGGAGACUGUUGAAGGGUACACUAGAGCAUUUGAGAGGAUGAGGGUGGCGAAGAUCAUACCUUCGGAAUGA